AUGAUAAAAACAUGGCCACAUUUUGAGAACAAAUGGUUACGAUUACCUUACAUGACUUGUUUUGCUACUCAAUCCACGAAACAGUUAGAGUUUGUUCACAAAGAUCUACUUCGUUUCAUUCUCGCCAACUAUCCUACCGAUGCAAUCACACAUAUGAACGGUACGGCAUACGAUUAUUAUUCGAUCCAAGAAUUUUUUGAGCAUAAACCAAGAAAAGAAUGGCUUUCAUUUCCCCUACCCGAUGAAUCUUCAGCAAAUGCCUGGUUCCCUAAUAAACAAAAUAAAACGACAUUCAACAUGGCGAAAUCACCUUCCACAUUGUCGGGUUUAGCCUACGUCAAGCAGAUAUACGUUAUAACUGAUCAAGGCUUAUCUGACAGACACUCACAUAUAAAGAACACAUUCCGGCAACACGAUAUUCCUAUUGAAUCUAUUCAAUGGCAAUGGAAAUGGAAUCACACGGAGUGUAAUUCCAACAAAAAUAAAAAAGAAGUUUUCGAAAGUUUGAAUUUAGUCGAUAAACCUGCAGAAGGGCAUAGUCGAUACUGUUCACUUAUAAUGAAAAAUUUCGAUGCUUGGGUAGCAACAGCGAAUAGAAAUUUACCGUUAGCUUUAUAUUUAGAGGAUGAUGCGAUUUUUGUUCCUUUUUUCAAAGAAAAGUUCAAUCGUUUUGUCUAUACUGCUAUUCGCACUGGUGCUCUGAAGAUCGACGGUGCUUGUGCGACUUCUUCGCUAUCAAACACUAGCGAUGAAUGGGUAGAUCAAAAUCCAGUUUUCUUCAUUGGAAGUUGUUUGAGUAUGUCCGAUUCUCGAUUCGAUGGAAAGCAACCAAUGUUAUCAACACACAAAGAUAAUUCGACACGGUGUGCUCAUGCGUAUCUAUUUACCAGCUGUUCAGCCAGAGCUGUUCUUGAACAAAUUGAUAUAAACAAAAACGAGCUAUGGACACCGGAUUUCUACCUGAAUAAUAUCAUACCAGCAUCUCCAACGCUUCAAUCAUUUUGGCUCGAUCCACCAUUGGUCUAUCAAGGAAAUAAAGCGAAAGACUUAGAUAAUAUUCCGUCCUUUAAACGAAAGACAUACUAA